GGUCCCCCCACGUUCCUGGGCUGCCAUGGCAAGAACAUCCUGCUGUCCAACGGGGGCCGCACGGCCGCGCGCGUCUCCAGCUACAACCAGGGCCUGGUGCUCGUGGGGCAGCCCCUCCCCCCGGGACGCCUCUUCCAGGUGCAGAUCGACGCUCUGAACCCCCAGUGGAGCUCCUCGCUGGCCCUGGGGGUCACCGGGGCCCCCCCCGGGCGCUCCCCCCUCCCCGCCUGCGCCCACGGCCUCAAGCGCCCGGCCUGGAUCCUGCAGCGCCGCGGCGUCUUCCACAACGGCAGGAAGAUCCGUGAUCUCCCCGGUCCCAGCCUGGAGCUGCUCCCUGCGGGGACGGUUCUGGGGCUCCUCGUGGACGGCUCCGCGCGGCUCCACCUCUUCAUCAACGGCCGCGACCAGGGCGCCGUGGCCGGGGGGGUGCCCAGCCCCUGCUACGUCCUGCUGGACCUCUACGGGCAGUGCCAGCAGGUGACGAUCGUGGACGGGGGGGGCUCCCCCAGCGGGGACCCCCGGAGCCGGGGGGACGUGGAGAAAGCCGACGUGGUGGAUGGGGUGAAGGAGAGCCUGUGCUGGGGACCCCCCGCGCCCCCCCAGCCCUGCCCCUACCAGGCCCUGUGUGCCCGGUUCAAGGAUCUGCUGCUGCUGCCAGACGAGUACUUCGCCCCCGAGCCGCGCCGCAGCCGCUGCUUCUGCGAGGGCUGCGAGAGGGGAGGGGGCGACCCCCGGGACCCCCGGGAGCCCCCCUGCCCCUGGGCUGGUGCCGCUUCAGCCUCCGGCCGAAGCCGCGGCCGGAGGGGGGGGGGUGGCAGAAGUGGCCCCGGGCCUAUCACGGCACCAGCGCCGGCGCCGUGCGGCGCAGCCUCGACCGCGGAGAGCUCGUGCCAGGCCCGUGGUCGCUCCUGAGCGCCCCCUGCAGGCCCGACCCGCCUGGCCCCGCCCACCCGCGCUCAGGCCCCGCCCCCCCGGGCUCCGGGCCACGCCCACCCGGCCCCGC